CGGGAACUGGUUGUGUCGCGUGAAGGUUCGAGGAGUUUCAGGACGGUGAACCAAGCGUUCUACCAAGCGUUCCUCCCAUUGCCCGCAACGAUUCACCAGACCUGUGCGAUUAAUUCAGCAUGCAGUAAUGUGACACGUGUAUGUCGUCACACUCUCUCGAUUAUCGUAUUCUUGUCUAGCAUACAGGCCGACGGAAGCAGGCACUAGUAGGGACACCACUAAGACAUUAUAGCCAGGCACACUAGAACGAGACUCUCGAUGUGAUGAAGAAACCCGCGUCGUCAAGCAAGCAGCAACCCGAAGCGCGCUGCCUAUCACCACCCGGACACUACACGGCGCAAAGGCCCGACGUCUCUAGUAAUCCCCGAUCGCAAACGCCAGACGGCACCAAGCGCAGCGAUCGCAUCUUCCACCCGUCCUUCGGCUCCAUCAUCUUCCCAUCCAUGCCAUCCGGCAUCAUGCCUUCCGCCAUCAUCCCCAUCCUCCCCUCUAGCAAGUCCGUCUCGUCGCACCCUCGCGACGUGUCCACCAGCACUAAUCUCUGCACGUCCGGCUUUAAUGCCCCGGAGGGCGGAGGCGGCGGGAGUCUCGGGAGCACCGGGUUUUACAUGCCGAACGGCGGGGCGCAUGCGCCCGCAACCACCGCCUCGGCUUUCUCCUGGGAAGCCCCGAAAUUCGCGACUGGCGUCUCUGGGGGAGGGGGAUUGGCAGGAGGGGGAGACGGCGGAGGAGGAGGAGGAGGAGGAAACAGAAGUGGCUUUCCAGGGGGAAACACCACCUCUACCGCCACCAGCGGCGGAGGGGGCGGCGGAGGGAGCGGCAGCGGCGGGGCGGCGUUCGUGCAGUCGGCGAUGGGCAUCGACACGGCGGCGUUCGUGAGCCUCGUCAACACCGCCCUCCCCAGCCUCGUCGCCAAGAGCUUCCGCCGCCGAGGGGGGAAGGACGUGGGGGUAGCGGGCGGGGCGGGCGGCGCUGUGGCGGGAGGGGCGUUCGGAUCCGACGGCGAGGAGCCGCUGGGGGGUUCGCGGUCGGAGAGCAGGAUCAGUUCCGCCACUUCGGGGGGAUUCCUGGGGAAAGGGCGCGCUGGCGGGAAUCAGGAUGGGUGGAGGGACGCGGGAGGUGGCGGACGCGAUAGAGGGGCGAUGGCGGGGAUGGCGGGGGGAGUGAAGGGGGUAUACGCGGACGGGGCGGGUUUGCACCGGACGGGCAGCGGAUUCCCCAUCAGCGGGUUCCCCAAGAGCGCUACGGUCGGGGGAGAGUCCGACGCGCGGGGCGCGGCUGUGGCGGACAGCUCCGCACAUCCCGCGCAGGCCGCACUAAAGCGCGCACAAGGCGGCGGAAACGGCAGGGAAGGGCUCCCCACGAGCGCAAGCACAAGCGGGUUGGUCGGGGGAGUGAUGAGCGCGGCAUUGAGCGCGGGAGGCGCAGGGGGGUUAAGAGGAGGCGGAGGGGAAGCGGGUAUGGGGACAGGGGUGGCGCGGGAAGCGGGGUUGGGGGAAGACUUACCGGAAGUAGCGAUGGGCGUGCUCUCGAAAUGGGUGCACCUGGGUCGCGGCUGGGCUCCUAGACUCUUUAUCCUCGAUAAGGGCGUGCUGUCGUACUGCAAGAUCGAGGGUCCCCACCGCGCAAGCGUGUUGCUGGAGGUGCAGCGGCGGCCGGGAGCAUGCCUGGUGGGGGAUGAGGUGAAGAGGCUACUGCGCAAGGAGCAGGAGAAGCAGAGGGAGAGAGACAAGGGCGGUGACAAGGAUAGGCUCAAGGACAGAGACAAGGACAAGGAGCGGGAGAGGGAGAGGGAGAGGGAGAAGGAGUGGGAGAAGGAGAGGGCGUCAGCAGCAGUGGGCGGGCAGCAGCCGGUGCCUGAACGGUCAUCACCCACUGCUGCUCAGACCGCCUCUGCUGCUGCUAUUGGCGUGGCCACUGCUGCAGCUGCUGCUGCUGCCACUGCGGCCACUGCUGCCGCGGCUGCAGCAAGCAGUGCGGCAGCGACUGCAGCAGCAGCGGCAGCGUCUGUGCUUAGUGUACCCUCUGCCAUCUCCUCUGCCACUGUCUCUGCCUUCUCCCCGGCUGUCUCCACCCCGAGUGCCACUCAAACCGCUCACAACCCUUCUGCACACUCGGCUGCUCCGUCUGCUGCUGCUGCGGCGGCUGCGGUUCCAGCAGGUGCUGCUUCUGUGGGGCCUGCUCCCACUACUGCGGGAGCAGGGGCAGCGGCUGCAUGGGCUGGAGGGGUAGGAGGUGCAGGAGCAGCGGCAGGCGCUGCAGCAGGAGCAACCGCAGCGGGUGCAGCAGCGGGUGCAGCGGCAGCAGCAGGAGGAGGGGGAGGAGGAGGAGCAGGAGGGGGAGAGGCUGUGUCAUCUCAUGCGGACACACGACCGUUGUGCAGAGUGUAUGGGGAGAUACAUCUAUCGGUGUCGUCCCUGCGUGAGAGCCAGUCGGACGAGAAGAAGUUCUACGUGUUCAGCGGCACCAAGACACUCGAUCUCAGAGCCGAGUCCUGCGAUGACCGAGGGCUCUGGCUCGACCUCCUGCAGGCCGCCAAGGACCGCAUGGGGCGCAGUUUAAGAGAGGCAGAGGAGGCCACGUUCUCUGCUGACGUCACCCUGGAGCCCCUGCGCGCGUGCCUGGCGCGUGCUGAGGUCAGCAGUGACGUGAUCAAGGAGUGCGAGGAGGUGGUGCGGCGGGAAGUGCUGCAUCGGCUGCAGCUGCGGCUGAGGGUGGAGCAGGAGCGACGGCAGAUGCUGCACGAGCGGAUCGGCCAGCUAGAGGCGGACAAGGUGGAGUUGGAGUCAGCGGUGGUGGAGGAGUCAAUGCAGCAGCAGCAGAGCCGAGGGGAUGGGGAAGAGGAGAGCGAGGCAGGUACUGGGUUAUCAGGCGCGGACACAACCAGGGGGGCGCUGCUGCUGCUCCCCCUGGCAGACGGGGACGGGGAGGAGGGCGAGGAGGAGGAGGGAGAGGACCACAGCAGCACGCAGGAGGGAGAAGACGAGUUCUUUGAGGCCAUGGACGACUUUGUCGGCAGCCGCCGCUGGGAGGAGCUCGCCUCCAUCUCCUCCGGACCGUUUGAACGCUCCGUGUCGACCCUAGACAUGGAGGAAGUGGGGUUCACGUACCCUGGGGUGAAGCGCCGGGAGAGGUUGCCAGACCCGGCUGAAGUUGAGAAAGCGGCGGGGUUAUGGAAUAUCAUUAAAGAUUGUGUGGGGAAGGACCUGUCGAAGGUCUGCCUGCCGGUCUAUUUUAAUGAGCCGAUCAGCACGCUGCAGAAGUGCUGCGAGGAGAUGGAGUACAGCUGGCUGCUUGAUAGGGCGGCCGAGUAUGGCAGACGGGGCGAGCAUCUGAUGCGCGCGCUGCACGUGGCAGCAUUUGCCAUGUCAGCAUACGCGUGCAGCGUGGAGCACCGCGUGCAGAAGCCCUUCAACCCGCUCAUUGGGGAGACCUACGAGGCUGACUUCCCUGACAAGGGCUUUCGGUUUAUCUCAGAGAAGGUGGUGCACCACCCGCCAAUCGUGGCGGCGCAUUGUGAGGGGCAGGGGUGGCGGUUCUGGGGGGACUGCAACAUCCGCAUCCGCUUCUGGGGGCCCUCCAUGCAGCUCGAGCCGCUGGGCGUGCUGUCCGUGGCGUUUGAUGACGGAGAGGUGUUUGAGUGGAACAAGGUGACGACGGGCAUCUACAACCUGAUCAUCGGCAAGCUGUACAUCGACCACUACGGCACCAUGCGCAUCAAUGGCAACCGCGGCACCUCCGUGCGCCUCAAGCUGAAGGAGCGCUCAUUUUUCGAUAGGGACACGCACCAGGUCCGAGGCUACGCAGUGGGCGAGAAAGGGGAGAAGCUGGCAACGCUGGUGGGGCGGUGGGACGAGUCUCUGCACUUCGUGCUGGGGGACCUGUCGCACAAGUCGCUCAAGGACGAGCAGCACCUCAUGGCGCACGCCCACCUGCUCUGGCGCAAGUCCCCGCCCUCGCCCUUCCCCUGCAAAUACACCUUCACGCCCUACUGUAUCACGCUCAAUGAAAUCACCCCAGAUCUUGAGGGCGUGCUCCCCCCCACGGACUCGCGCCUGCGCCCGGACCAGCGGGCGUUGGAGCAGGGGUACUUUGAACGCGCCAAUGCCGAGAAGAUUCGCCUCGAGACGCGGCAGCGCCAGGCGCGGGAGAGCAAGGAGGAGGGGUGGCAUCCGCGGUGGUUCAAGCAGAUGGGGCCGCACAACACAUGGACGUACGUGGGCGGGUACUGGGAGCACCGCGCCAAGCAUGACUGGACGUGCGUCAAAGACAUCUUUGCUGCUAGUGACUCGCAGACGCACGCGCUCCCCGCCACCACAGCCCCGGCUAAGGUGCAUGCUGCGCAGUGACUGAGUCUCACAGCUUACGUGGCUGGCUGGCUUUGAGUGAACUGAAAAGCUGCGCUCCAAGGAGCAUUGGAUUGGACCUGAGUGAAAUGCAUCUUCUUCUCCCGUGACCUGCACACACUCGCUGCCUGCCGCCCCUGCCAAGGUGCCUGCUGCGCGCCAUUCACCUUGCCGUCAUGCCAGGCAGUUGACGACACUUCCAGGAUGCUGAGGAGGGUUGAGCGGAGGGGACAGCAGGGCAGUGGCCAGGAGCGUGCAUGCACAGUCACUGGUGCUGCAAUCGGUCCUGUCCUACGCCACUACAAUAAGCAUGAGAUGCGCGAGGGGCAAGAGUGUUUGCAGGGGGCAGGAAGUUCUUGAGAGCCUACUCCAGAGGCUGAGAUGAGAAGGAUCCGGUCCGGUCCAGUGGGCUCCGGUCCGGUGGUGGUGGGUGGCUCUGUUGUGCGCAGUGCUGCAGAGCAGUGAGCUAAACUACCUGUCUACCACUACCAGACCACGGUGGGAUCUUUUCCUAGUCAAGCUGAGCUCACGUUUCUCCCAGCCUGCAUCUGAGUAGUUUAGGGCUCUACACUUGAUUACACUUGAUUAUACAACUUCUCUGAAGUUCUGAACAUAUAGCCGAAGACUUACCAUCAUUGCGGCACACUGUAUUUUUAUUACCAGGAUCCAUUAUUA